AUGAGAGUCCGUUAUAUCCCCGCUGAGCCCGAUGUACGGCCAGAGGUGCAGGUUCUCCCUCAGUCUUGCGAGCCUCAGACCAUUGCAUACUUGAUUCGCGUGAUCCAGAGUUUGAACGAUCCUGAAGCUACCACCUAUGAGAUCGUCUGCCAGCAGCCCCAUGACCUGGGGCAGCCCAUCUACGUGAAGAAGUGCUAUGUGUCACCCCAGCCGCCAGCAGUGCCGUGUGACAGGAGCAAUCACCCAGAGCCAGAACCCCAAAGGGACGAGCAAGAAACAGGGGAGCCUGAACCACCGCAGCAAGGGGGCAUGCCAGCUUCGAGCUCCCAGGAAAACACAGGGUCUUUCAACGAGCCACAGGAGAGGUCUGAAACAGGGGUGAAGGAAGUGGCUCACCAGGCUUCUGCCUCCGAGCCGGAUGACCCUUGCCAGGCAAAGCCCAAGGAGGACAGAAGGGACAGCCAGCGCCCCAAGAUGCCCGACGUGAAAGAGAAGGAGCCCCAGGGAGAUGGAUCAAAAGCUGCCAGGGAGCAGGUCCCGCGGGAGCCUGAAUCCAGCUGCCAGGUGAGGGAGCAUGAGGACAGGGAGGCCGAGAACUGCCCACCUCUGCCCCAGGCGCCGGAGCCACAGGAAGCCUCUGAGCCAGGCCGGCGAGCCGCUGAAGAGAGCUGUCCCCAGCCACCCCGGAGAGAUCAAGCGAGCCGCUGCCAUGAGGGUGCAGAGCUUCCCCCACCGGAGAAGAGCUGCCAGCCACGGCAGGAGGAGAACAGCAAGAGGAGCCCCCAGCAACCCACGGAGACCGAGCGCUGCAUCGAGUCCCUGCUGGCCGUCUUCCAGCGGUACGCGGGGCGCGAAGGGGACAACUGCACGCUCUCCAAGAGGGAGUUCCUGGCCUUCAUGAACACCGAGCUGGCUGCCUUCACGAAGAACCAGAAGGACCCAGGUGUCGUGGACAGGAUGAUGAAGAAACUCGAUUUGAAUAGCGACGGGCAGCUAGACUUCCAGGAGUUCCUGAACCUCAUCGGGGGCAUUGCGGUGGCCUGCCACAACUCCCUGGUUGUCAGUACCCCUCGCCCCUAG